AUGAUACAGACGCCCAGGCAGUUGCUGAACCCACGGUGCAAGUACCAUACCAUCUUCAGCGACGUGUGCAAGACCCGAUUCAAUCAUUUGGUCACGAGGCUAUUUUUCAUAUGUUCUAUUUUCCAAACUGUUGGCAUUUCACUGCUGGCGUUGCCGUACUUACCGCUGUGGGAGCUAGCGUUGGCAUUUAUUCCCAACGUGCUGGUUUUGAACCUAGUUUCCCUGUUGAUUAUUGUGACGAGGAAGAAUUACAUGCACGUAAAGAACCUCGGGUUUGCUAAUUCACUUACUUUCGUGCUGGGCCAACUGCUGUCGUUGAAAUUUCUUGUAUAUCAAGGAGUUUAUUUUAUCGGGAGUUUCCUCUUAUCUUUUGUUUUGAGUGCAGUUUUUGGACGUGGAUCUGGAUCAAAACCAUACUACAGGCUGUUUAUCUGGGUUAUUGUGCCCACGAUUUAUAACGUGCAACAUCAUGUCACUGAUGCCGACAAAUUAUCAUUCAACUGUGAAAACUUUUUUCAAGCUCCACAAGACUACGUAUUGGAGCGGCUCAAGAAGAUUUUUGAAAAGUCAAUUAUUUUAAGUGUGGCUAGCAUGUUCAUAUUACCGUUCUUCACUAUAGUUAUUCUCUCCAGCCAAACACCAGGGUUAUUUGUUUCAUUUACGAGUGGUGUUGCAUCUAUCAUAAAUUUGCUAAUGAUCUCCUGCAUUAUCUUCAUCACUUUCGAAUUUAUAAAUAUAGCAUUUGACGCACAUAUGUCCAUUGGUUGUUUGCAUAAGGGCAAGCUGAUUUCUAAUUUAUCGGCGACCCCCAUGGAAACCCUACUCAGCGGUCUUUCUUCAGAUAAAGCAUUCACUAAGUUGACCGCCCACCAAGAACUAGCUUACAGAGCCACCUCACUGGAUCCAUCAUUACGGGCACCAAUAUAUCACUCUAAGUUUAGAAGCAGUAAUGGCAACACGUGGUCACUAAUUCUCAAGGAGUGCUUGAAGACCAUUCAAGCAAAUAAUGAAACGGUCGUGCAGUAUCUGAGAUCCAUACAAGAUCUGGGAAGCUCCGCAACUACGAGGCAUCAAAGAAAGGUGGACAAUCUCGAUUAUAUGUACGAGAACGGAAAGUUGAUAAAUACCAACGAAAGGCUUUUCGGGAACCGACCCUCUAUGAUGACGCCAUCGAGGGAUAACGAUUUGUUGGAUGGAUCGCCAAAUAAAUUUAGAGUAAGGACGGACGACAGCGUGUUGCUUAACCGCGGAAACAAGAAAAGGUCUAGUUCUUCAUAUUUGCAAAAUGACUUAGAUGAAACGAGACAAACUUUCAAUGGCUCUAUAUUCACUCACGAGACCACAUUCAUGACCGCCAUGCGUCUAAUAUUCAAGAAGCUGAAGAAUUCCAUAAUGUCAUUUAUUUUUCCCUCUUACGCUGAAAGACAACUGUAUGAUGAAGAUGAUAAUUACGAAAUAUUACCUAGCAGCUCCAACAAGGCCCAGAUUUCCAUAAUUGAUAUAUGGUCUAUUUCCAAGAAAAGACAAGCCGAAAAACUGAUUCCACUACCCAUAUGCCACGCCAAUAGCUUGGUAGCACUCACGGGACUGCUGAUUAAAUCAAGGGCAGAGGACCCGAAGGGUGGUAUCAUUGCGUCCGUCGGAGAUAUUCUCAAAAUUUUGGAAAGAUCCAUUUGUGCACUGGGUGAAUUUGCCGAUUGGGAUCCAGAAUCCAUGGCAUACACCGCCUUCCAUGCACAGAGAACAGCCCAAGACAGGGUCCAACACGACAGUGAGGACGAGGGUACUGUGAAUGACACAACGGACAUGAUCAGUGUCCUCUACCAACUGUCCACAAGUGCCUUUAUGGAAAUUGUGCUCGAGUACAAUAUCGCACUGAACGACGUCUAUUUAGAUGCAGACGUGGCCAAACUGGCGAACUGGUUUCUAGAAGUAUAUACCACAAGCGCUUCCGCAGCUAUAUAA